CUGAGCUGUGUUGUGCUGGGUGGGAACGCGGAGCUCGGGUUUGUGGCUGCGGUCUCUAGCCACCUUCGCGAGUUUUGGGGGCUGGCAGACGUCCUGACCCUGGUACCUGAGCUCCCUUUGAGGACUGUAAGUCACGACCUGAGCCACUGUGGGGAUCGGAUACUGCGGCCCUAAUAAGAGCCCAAAUGGCACAGUGGGAGCUGCUGCAGAGUCUUGACAGCUUUUAUCUGGACCAGCUGCACCGGCUGUAUACAGAAAGCCUUCUGCCCAUGGAUGUUCGACAGUACUUGGCGGCCUGGAUUGAAGACCAGAACUGGAAAGAAGCUGCCCUGGGGAAUGAUGACUGCAAAGCCAAAAUGUUAUUCUUUCAUUUCUUGGACCAACUGAACUCUGAAUGUGGCCGCUGCAGUAAGGACCCAAAGAGCUUGUUGAUACAGCACAACUUGCGAAAAUUCUACAGGGAUGUUCAGGAUAUUCAGGUCUUUCCCCAAGGUGCUACUCAAUUGGCUGAGUUGAUCUUUAAUCUCCUUCUAGAGGAACAAAGAAUUCUAAAUCAGGCUCAAAGGACUCAGAUGAGUCUUUUAUUUCAGGAUCAAGACAUACCAGAUCUUGAAAUGCCCAUGGAGAAUGAACAGGUGGAGAUCGAAUCCCGAAUCCUGGAUCUAAGAGCUAUGAUGGAGAACCUGGUGAAAUCCAUCACACAACUGAAAGACCUGCAGGAUGUCUUCAGCUUCCGAUUCGUGAUUCUCAACCAAAGGAAAACAUCUUCGGACCCCCAUCACAGCACGCAACAGCAGCUUGUGCAGAAUACUGCCAAUGAACUGGACAAAAGGAGAAAGGAGGUACUGGAUGCUUGUAAAGCACUGGUGGGCCGAUUAACUACCCUGGUCGAACUACUGCUGCCAAAGUUGGAUGAAUGGAAAGUCCGGCAACAAAAAGCCUGCCUUGGAGCGCCACUGGACCAUGGGUUGGAACAACUGGAGAAAUGGUUCACAGCUGGAGCAAAGCUAUUGUUUCAUCUGCGGCAGCUCCUGAAGCAGCUGAAGGAAUUGAGCCACAUGGUUGCGUAUAAGGGUGACACUUUUAAAGAUGGAGUACAUCUACAGAAGGCCCAAGUCACAGAAUUACUACAUAAUCUGCUCCACAGAGCAUUUGUGGUGGAGGCUCAACCCUACAUGCCCCAAACUCUCCAUCGGCCCCUCAUCCUCAAGACAGGGAGCAAGUUCACCGUCCGAACACGGCUGCUAGUGAGACUCCAGGAAGGCAAUGAGUCACUGAUGGCAGAAGUCUCCAUUGACAAGAAUCCUCCUCAGUCACAAAGCUUCCGGAAGUUCAACAUUCUAACCUCAAACCAGAAAACUUUGACCCCAGAGAAAGGACAGAAAGAGGGUUUAAUUUGGGACUUCGGCUUCUUGACACUGGUAGAACAACGUCCAACUGGUCAAGGAAAGGGCAACAAUAAGGGACCGAUGACUGUGACAGAAGAAUUGCACAUUAUCAGCUUCACGGUCAACUAUAUCUACCAGGGUCUGAAGAUGGAGCUGCAAACGGACACUCUCCCUGUGGUGAUUAUUUCUAAUAUGAACCAAUUGUCCAUUGCCUGGGCCUCCAUUCUGUGGUACAAUCUUCUCAGCCCAAAUCAGAACCAGCUGUUCUUCUCCAGCCCCCCUCUGGCUCCCUGGAGCCUGCUGGGCCCUGCUCUCAGUUGGCAGUUCUCUAACUAUAUCGGCCGAGGUCUCGAUGCUGAGCAGCUGAGCAUGUUAAAGAACAAACUCUUCGGACAGAACUUUAGGAUGGAGGACCCACUGUUGUCCUGGACUGACUUCAGCAAGCGAGAGAGCCCUCCUGGCAAGAUACCAUUCUGGACAUGGCUGGACAAAAUUCUUGAGCUGGUACAUGAUCACCUGAAGGAUCUCUGGAAUGAUGGACGCAUUAUGGGCUUUGUGAGUCGGAGCCAGGAACGCCGGCUACUGAAGAAGACCAUCUCUGGGACUUUUCUGCUGCGUUUCAGUGAAUCUGCAGAAGGGGGAAUCACCUGCUCCUGGGUGGAACACCAGGAUGGUAAGAUGCCCAUCCGAUCUGUGCAGCCCUUCACCAAGGAAGUGCUGCAGUCCCUCCCACUGACCGAAAUCAUCCGCCACUACCAGCUGCUCACCGAGGAGAACAUCCCUGAGAACCCACUGCGCUUCCUCUAUCCCCGGAUCCCCCGUGAUGAGGCUUUCGGGCGCUACUACCGGGAAAAAAUUAAUCUUGAAGAACAGAGAAAAUACCUGAAACAUAGGCUCAUUGUAGUCUCUAACAGACAGACGGAUGAGCUGCUACAACCCAAGGAACUUGAACUGGACCCAGAACUUGAGGCACUAGAUUUGAAGUCAGAGCUGAUGCCAGAGCAAAGUCUGGACCUGGAGUUGGAGCCACUGCUACAGGCAGGGCUGGAUCUGGGCUCAGCACUGGAACCCAGCUCAACACAAGAGCCCAAGCUAGAACCUGGGCUCGAACCCACACUAUGCAUGAUCUCACCAAGAAUGCUGGAGCCAGAAUUGAAACCUGCAUUACAGCAAGAGCCAGAUUUGCCCUGUGAUCUGCGAUACUUGGAGACUGAAGGAAUGGAAAUUUUCAGAUGUAUAAAGAUUGAUGAAAUCAUGCCACAUGGCGACCCACUGCUGGUUGGCCAGAACAUUGUGGAUGAAGCUUACAUCUCCUGCCCAAGCCAUUUUGACACAGAUGGACCCCUUGAUGACUUCUGACUACUAAGAACUACAUUUCCUCUGUUAUUUCUAUAUCUUUGACUCCCUCCCACCUCCCACGUCAUAAUGCUGCUCUCUGAGGAUGGGAAAUCAGGCAUUCUAAGCUGGACUAACUGAAGCUGGGAGUGAGAGACAAAAGAAGAGCGUGUAUAUGGAAGGGGCGGCAAAGACUCAGGAUAAUUGCUAGUCAUGGUUCUAAAGAGAAUCCUGGAGGAUGCCUGCUGUGCUGGAUGGUGCAAGGUCCUUUGGUCAGACCAGGACAGUUGGAAGAUACUUGGAAUGCCUAGUACAGGGUCGCCUUUCCACUACAGAAGAAUUUUGGCAUUUUAAAAUAGCUGAUAAGGUUGAACUGAUGCAGACUACUAUUGGUCUUUGGUGGGGAGCAUCAGCACUGGGUAGAAUUCCUCUCUCUCCCUCUCUCCUUCUCACUGUCCUCCAGUUAUUGUUGUAUUUAGCACUUUGUAUAUACUAGGUAGGUACUACACACACCACACACCUCUAGUUCUUCACUUCUCUUUUGUUUCCUUCAGGUCUAGAAUAACCUUUUCCUUUCUUCUUCCCUUUACUCCUGAUGCCAAAUUCCAGUGUCACACAUACACACAGACACACACACAGUGUGACUUUUUUGCUCAAGACUGGUUCUUUACAACUUGAGCCACACCCUACUUCUAGCUUUUUGUUGGUUAUUGGAAAAGUCUCACAGACUUUUCUGCUUGGGCUGCCUUGGAACCACUAUCUUCAGGUCUGAGCCUCCUGAGUAGCUAGGAUUACAGGCAUGAGCCACCAGUGGCCAGCUUCAAUCCUAAAUUUCUAGCUUUCUGCCUCCGCCCACCAUGUGAAACUCUGCCCUAAGGAAGGGUGUAGGAGGAGGGCUGUUCUUACUAGUUCUCUGCACUGCUCUGCUGCACAAUUUCUCAUCAAAUGGUCCUGCUAUUCUAAUGUGACCCUGAAGCUUUACAUUGCUAUCUUAGGCUUUGUUAGCUCUACUUUCCCAAUACUUAAGGGGUAUAGGGUUGCUGAGAAUUUGGAGAUUGCUUUUUAUAAUAUUAGAUAGAAUUUAGUGUCUUUGUAGAGAAAGAAAAAUAGAUAUCAGCUGUUUUGCUAUGAAGAUGAUCAUCCUUUCUUUUGUACAAUGUAUUGUUUACCUUAUACAAGAUUUCUAUUGCUUGGCUGUGACUUGGGCAAAGGCUAUGUUCCUGGAACUGAGAGCCUUGAAGGUUUUUGUAGGAGCUGGACAUCCUCAAACCUUAACCAUUCCUAGGGAUCCCAAGGGGUAACUACUACUGCUCUAAGAGAUACUUCUGCUACAACUUGAGAUAUAAACAAAUGUUAGGCCCUGCACAUGUGGCUGUUUCCUGUCUGGAUGUCAGAAAAACAGUUCUGUUUAGAAAAGGACCCGCCCCUCUGAACAAAAAAGGCUAAUAAAUGUUGUGCCAACCGUAA